GGACGUGCCCACGAUAAGCUGAUUGCGGCUGUGCACAGACCGUGCUCGUUACUCUGAGCAUUACAUACCCGGAUUGUGUGCGAUGGGUCCGGCCGUGCUGGUGGACAUGGUACACGGCUGCUGUCCGACCUGCGCCGGCUUGUCUCUGCAGGAGGAGUCCACAGCAGACGCGCACGUCUUCCUGCUGUACGGGAAACGUUACCGGGAGGAAGACGGCUUGUCAGACGCGGCUCUGAGCGCGUGCAGGAGCGUGCAGGUCCUGGACUCCGGCUCCACCGCGGAGUGCUUAUACCAACUCAAGCAGACCGUGGACCGGCUCGAGCUGAGCACGGUCACGGUCCUCACGACCCCGCAGGGCCGGGAGGUGCUGCUUGUUUACCAGCAGCAGCUUUUUACGGCAGUGUACACCUUCAAUUACAAGGUGAGGUCGGUGGACAACUUCACCUGUCCGAGCUGCGCAGGCUCCGACCACACGGACUCACCUGGCGCGGCAGUGCACGAAGAGGUGUCGGCCUUUCUGCAGCGGCUGCCUGCGCUGAAGGGAGGAAUCACAGUGCUGCAGUCAACGCUGAUCCCAGGCUGUUUCGGUCACGGCUUCAGCACUCGAACAGGUGGCGUGUCCUACCUCCCGACCCUGUCUUCCAUGAAUUUGUUCAACAGCAGCAAGCGAAGGGACCCGCAGGCCGUGGUGACGGAGAACAGACGCCGACUAGCCCUGCAUGCCGGGUUCCAUCCUGAACCACUACACAUGAUCAAGACGAACCACGCCAGCGAUGUGUGGGUCAUGGGCACAGCCGAGCCGGAGAGCUACGAUGGGAUCAUCACCAACCAGACCGGCGUGGUGCUGGGCGCUCCGGGAGCCGACUGCAUGCCCCUCCUGUUUGCCGAUCCUGUAUCAAAGGUCAUCGGAGCCGCGCAUGCAGGCUGGAGAGGGACCCUGAUGGGGGUCGCCAUGGCAACGGUGGAGGCCAUGGUGAGAGGAUUCGGCUGCCAGGUGAGCAACAUUGUGGUGGCGGUGGGGCCAUCGGUGGGGGCGUGUUGCUUCACCCUGGACAGAGCGCAGGCACUGGACUUCAUCCGCAUCCACCCAGACUGUGUCCCUGAUCCAGAGUCAGCCAGACCGCACGUCAACAUCCGCCUGGCCAACAGAAUCCUCCUGCAGAAUGGCGGUAUCCUGCAUGAACACAUCCAUGAUGACACGGUGACGACGCGGCCCUGCGUGACACCCUGCACCUCCUGCCACCCUGAGCACUUCUUCUCUCACGUCAGAGACGGACCAGACUUCGGCACCCAGGUGGGCUUCCUGUGGGUCAGGAACCAGCUGUGAGCUCCAGCAGGUGGGGCCGAGUCACAGCAGCAAAAUUAGGCGCACAUAUCCAGACGGAGUGUAAGCCAGCGGCCCCCCUGCCUCCUGCGCAGGGUCAGGGGGCUGGAAAACAGGAGGGUUCGGGACCUCUCUGCUCAUUUUGUCUUUUUACCAGUUUAUUUCAUUUUGAAUCUUUGUGGUCAUUUAAUAUUCCUUAUUUUUGUGUGUGAAGAGGCACAAUGGGAGUUUUCUGUCCGUGUAGUCAUGCUGAGUCUCCUUCUUGUUGUUUUUGGGUCUUUUCACUGACUCUCAAUCACCACAUAUUAAGUCACUUAUAGAACAGGGGAGAAGGAGACGGGAGAUGCCAGGAAAUUGUCCCUGCCCUUGAUGUAGGACAAACUCAUCUGAUUCUUUGUGAGGAUUCUACCAUGUUAUGAUACUGUAGUACUGCAGUGUUCACCCGAGCUCAUUAAGUAAACUGGGAAACUCCGC